CCAACCUCCUCAAUUUCCCCCCUUCCCUCCCCUCCCUCCCUCCUCGCACCCGAGCACACCAACGCACACUUUAACUCUCCAAUGACCAACGAGCACUUCUUCCCCGGAGAGUACUUUUCCUCCGGUCUCGCCGCGCCGUUCCUUGGCGCAUCUUACGUGCAGCCGCCGCAUUCAGGGUUCGAAGCCGCCGCCGCUAUGGCGUUCGGACUUCCGUGGGCGGACCAGCAUCUUCCAGUAGACUCCUCAGCCACUACGGCACACUUUGACUCCGCGCUCAGCUCUCUGGUCUCGUCUCCUGCCAGCGCCAGCGCCGGCGGAGGCUUAGCGCGCGGUGGUGAGGAUGACGUCGCCAUCGGCGACCUGAUCGGCCGGCUCGGCAGCAUCUGCAACGGCGCCAGCGCCAACAACUCCUGCUACAGCACGCCUCUCAGCUCCCCUCCACGCGGGGCCCCGCAGGCGUUCCGCGGCUAUGGCGCCAUCGCCGCGCUGGAGACCGGCAGGCUAUCCCGGGUGUCAAGCAGCAAGUCGCUCGUCGGCAACACCUCCGGCGUUGCCGCGACGGCGCCAUUGGAUCAGAACGCCCAACUGGAGAUGAGCCCGGAGACGGAUAGUCCGGCCGCAAUGCAGGACCCGGCCACGAAAAGGGGCGCCGCCGGUUCCGCGAGGAAGCGCAAGGCGGCCCCGGCGAAGGGCAAGGCGAAGGCUUCUUUACCCGCAGUACAGCCCAGUUGCUCCAUGGCGGCAAUUAAUACGAGCCCGCCCAAACGGCCGAGGGUCAGCGACGGCGGCAACGACGAAAACGCCGGCGCGGUGGAGGAGGAGAAGUCCGAGCCGGUCAAGGACUACAUACAUGUGAGGGCGAGGAGGGGCCAGGCAACCGAUAGUCACAGCCUCGCAGAGAGGGUGAGGAGGGAGAAGAUCGGAGAGAGGAUGAAGCUGCUGCAGUCCCUGGUGCCAAGCUGCAACAAGAUCACCGGCAAGGCACUCAUGCUCGACGAGAUCAUCAACUACGUCCAGUCGCUGCAGCGUCAGGUCGAGUUUCUGUCCAUGAAAUUGUCGACCAUGAAUCCUCAGUUGGAGCUCGACGAGCAGUGCAUCCCGUCCAAAGAGAUGAACCAGAUGGCAGUGCCGGUGUAUCCGUCUGACGAUCGGAACCCCGGCUUCUCCUACGCCGGUUCACCCGCCGACUCACUCACGGUCGCGCCAAGCCAGCACCACGGGGCAGUGCUAGAAGGCACCUUCAGCUGGGAGCAAGACUGCCUCCAGAGCAUGGUGCAGAUUGGGGGAACCAGCGGCAGCCAUAGCCAGGACCCCCAAGCUUUCUACGGCGAGUGAAAUACUAGUAUCAGUUAUCUGAUCAAUUUCCUUGCUCUGAAAAUGGCCGGUUCUCGAUUCUGUGCCCUGUUUGGCCGUUCCAUGUCAUUGAAUGCAGGCUAGCCGGAGACAGUAAACCACAUGAAGGUUGAACCAUAAAUGUGCCUGCCCCUGCCUUCUGUACAUACGCCAGCCCACUCUCUUCUCUUCUCCCUCCACAGCAGCUCGGAAACUAGUAUAAAUAAUCAUUACCGCAUCACGUUUCCCUGGGAAGGAAACGAGAAACGAGCAGGUUUCAGGCUUUUGGUUGCAGAUGCAGUGGCAUGGCAGGGUAUGUAUUUGGGUGUAUGUGGCAAGAGGGGCCAGGGAUUGUGUGAUGAAUCCUGGUUGCAUACCCUAACUGUAGAAUGUAUGUAGUGGUAGUUUCUCGACUCGGAGAGGAGCCAAUGAUGGCAACUUGGAAAGCAUGAGAAUGCAGAGAACAAACAGAGUUACUACCUUC